UUUUGAGUCUUCGUCUUCUCACAAAAAAUGGGUCGUCGUCGUUCAUCUCAAUGUCAGCUGAUUCUCUUUGUAGUUCUAGCUCUCUUUUCCAUCGGCGGCUUCUCCGCCGCCGACUACACGAACCUGGUUUUCAAAGGCUGCGCCGACCAAAACUUCCACGAUUUUAAUGGGCUGUACAAGCAGACACUCAAGACUCUCUUUGACGACCUGACCUCCAAAUCCUCCGCCGUGAAGUUCUACAAGACCACCUCCGGCGACGGCGCCGCCAUCAACGGUCUCUUCCAGUGCAGAGGGGACCUCUCGAACGAAGACUGCUACAGAUGCAUGAAGAGGGCUCCGGAAAUGGCGUCAAAGCUCUGCGGGGAAGCGCUCGCCGCGAGAGUCCAGCUCACCGGGUGCUACCUGAGGUACGAGAUUUCCGGGUUCAGGCAGGUGAGCGGGACCGAGUUGCUGUACAAGGUUUGCGGGUCGACUCGGGCGAGUGGGGACGGGUUCGGGGAUAAACUGGACACGGCGUUGGCGGAGAUAGCGAAAGGGGUGGCGGCGAGCGGGAACGGCAGUGGGUUUUACGCCGGCGAGUUUCAGUCGGUGUACGUUCUGGGUCAGUGCGAAGGCGAUUUAGGCGGCGGCGACUGCGUGAACUGUGUGAAGCGUGCGGCGGACACGGCCAAGUCCGAAUGCGGCGGCGGCGGCGGCGCAGUUUCGGCGCAGAUGUAUUUCCAGAGAUGCUACAUCAGCUACACCUAUUACCCCGGCGGUGGGGUUCCCGGCAACGAUCAGAAAUCACUCUCAUCAUCAUCAGGAACAGGGAAGAACAGUACGGAGAAGACAGUAGCAAUAGCAAUGGGAGGGCUUGUGAGCGUGGGAUUGGUAAUGGCGUGUUUGUUAUUCACUAAAUCAGCUUUCAAGAAAAGAACUCCUUCUUACAAGUAUGGCGGAUAAUUAAUUAAACAGAUAACAUUUGCAGAGGAUUUUGGUGCUGUUUCAGAUU